AUGCUCAAGAAGGUCUUUGGAGUCCACAAUGCAUCAAAUGAGGCCUCGAUUGAGAGAAAACUAGGCAAUCUUUGUCAGGUUGCAUGCGUCAACAACGUCAUUGCCAAAGGCUUCGGCUGUGCAUCGGGGGACAAUACUUGUCUUUGUAAGCAACAAGACUUCAUCUUCGGUGUUCGAGAUUGCGUCGCGCAGUCAUGUACGGCGGAUGAGUCUACCAAGGCCAAUGACUACAUCGCCGGGCUAUGCGCAACCCCAAAGGCCCAGCCACCACCGCCAGCAAGCACUACUGCACCAGCUCAGGCCAGUGAAGCUAGGACUCUGAUUGCGUCUGCUCCCCACAGUUCAGCCCCUUUGGAAGCAACCAGGAAACCCAUAACCGAGGUUGCACAGGCGACUCAACUCCCAACUAUUACCCCCACAACUUUGGCCGCAAUCCUCGAUAACCACGUCAUCUACGCCAACUUCCGCUGGGGCUCGGCCGUCACAAUCUGCUUCGGCCCCGGACGCUGGGGCUGA